CGCACUCCCUCUCCGACUCUGGGCGCCCGGAUCGUGGGUACCAGUAAUAACCGUCCAGGGCGCUUUUCGGACAUAGAAGCAAAUGCGUUUGAAUAGAAAAUGCGAUCUUGUGUCCAUUUAACCUUUUUACAAUCUGUUAUAUAUUCAGAGGCACAGACGAAAUUCAAACAUACCCUACUUCACAUGGUAUGCAAACAACCGUUGUUGAACUUUACUUUGUCGCAUUUCGGAGACGCACCUGUCAAUUGCCAAGUGCACUUUAUUUAAUUCGAAGUGGUGUUGACAACUAUGGAAUGAAGGUUUGGCUUUAUUUCUGUCGUCUCUCCGAUGUGGUAAUCAUCCAUGGAUAAAUAUAUUUGGAAUACAAUAUACUAUUGUUGCCUGUUUUAGAAUAAACAAUGAUGGUACUACUCUUAAGAUUACUGUGUUUCUCACUUUGGAGCGAGAAUGUGUUCUCGCAAAUACACGGGGAGAAGACAAAUAUGAUUCCUAGACAUUAUGAAACCGCCGUCACUAUCGGGAAUCUACACAAAACCAAUGGUGAUAGUCAGAGAUUGCACUCGGCGUAUGGCAGAGUUAUCAACGACAUUGACAAUAAAAGGGUGCGUACUCCAAGUUCAUCCUCCUGGGAUGUGGUUAGGACAUGGAUGGAUAACAUACAUGUGACUUCAUUCAAUACGAAAAGGGGUAUGAAUGAAAUAACAAUGCGCAAAAGCAAUUCGUCAAAUGGAACAGAACCCAUUUGGUUACACGAGGAAGGCGAGUCAAAAAGGCUGAUGGAAGAAAAGUUGGACACGGAGAAACAUGCAGCCAUGAAAACACGAGAUGGUGUAUACAUUCAUUUAAAGCCCUCCACGAGACAUAAGCGAGGAGGACACCACCGUGGCGAGCACAACCGGAUCUGCAUACACAAAAGAGCAAGUGUAGACCGUCGGAGAAGAAAUGCGAAGGAUGGCAGUAAAAAAGGGAACUUAAUAAACGAGCCAACCUUGCUGUCAGAUGCGUCUUUGGACACACCGCUGGCCACGUGGGAACCGCUGCCUAAACCUAUGGCCCAGAACCAGUCAACAGACAUGCCAUUUCAUGCCACUGAUUAUGAACAGUUCACUUUGCCAGACCUCCAGGACUAUACCCCACUGAUUCCUCUCAAUCCUCAAACUAGGAGAAAAGAUGUAAAAAACCCAUUUUACCCCGUAACAGCAGAAUCAUAUGGGGCAUAUGCCAUCAUGAUCAUUUCGGUCAUCAUUUUCACUGUUGGAUUAAUUGGGAAUAUAGCAAUCAUGUGCAUUGUGUGCCACAACUACUACAUGAGAAGUAUUUCAAAUUCUCUUCUAGCCAAUCUCGCCCUAUGGGAUUUUGUUGUCAUCUUUUUUUGCCUGCCCCUGGUGAUCUUCCAUGAACUGACCAAGAAUUGGCUGUUGGGGGAGUUCUCCUGUAAAAUCAUCCCCUAUAUUGAGGUCUCUUCCCUCGGGGUCACCACCUUCACCCUGUGUGCUUUGUGCAUUGACCGCCUUCGCGCCGCCACCAACGCCCAGAUGUAUUACGAGAUGAUUGAAAACUGCGCCUCCACGGCCGCCAAGCUGGCCGUUAUCUGGAUCGGGGCUCUCCUAUUGGCCCUGCCAGAGCUCCUGAUCCACCAGCUGGUCACUGAAGAUGGCGAGCCUCCGGAUGUGACGCCCUGCCAGCGCUGUGUGGUUCGUAUCUCCACCGACCUCCCCGACACGCUCUAUGUGCUGGGCCUCACCUACGACGGAGCCCGCCUCUGGUGGUAUUUUGGCUGCUACUUCUGCCUGCCAACGCUGUUCACCAUCGGCAGCUCCCUGGUGACUGCCCGUAAAAUCCAGCAGGCCGAGCGAGCCUGUGUGCGUGGCAACAAGAAGCAGCUCCAGCUGGAGAACCAGAUGAACUGUACGGUUGUGGCGUUGGCCAUCCUCUACGGCUUCUGCAUCAUCCCUGAGAACAUCUGCAACAUCGUCACUGUCUACAUGGCAGCGGGUGUGCCCAGACGGACCCUGGACAUUCUCCACCUGGUCAGCCAGCUGCUGUUGUUCUGUAAGUCAGCGGUGACACCCGUCCUGCUGUUCUGCCUGUACCAGCCCUUCAGCCGGGCCUUCCUGGACUGCUGCUGCUGCUGCUGUAACGAGUGCGGCCCUCCCAGGUCUUCCACCACCGCCACCACCAGCGAGGAGAACGAGCACGAGUGCACCACCACCGACCUGGAGCUGUCACCAUUCAGCACCAUCCACAGGGAGGCAUCCUCCUCCUACACCACUGUGGGGACCCACUGCUGAGAGGUCAAAGGUCAUGACCUCCUUCAGAAAGUUACAACUGCCAUGUGAAGAGUUCGGACUUUAAACCAUUUGGACAGGUUUCCCCACACUCAGGUUAAGGUUACUCCUGGAAUAAAAGGCAUGCUCAAUGGACAAUCUCCAGUGAGAGUGCUUGUAAAUCAGAGAAUAGGCUUAAUCUGAGUCUGGGAGACCGGCCCUUAAGAGUUAUGAUCAGUUCAUUUUUUAUUCCUGUCAAUAUAGGAAUUGAAUUGAUAAUGCGGAUAAAGGGCACAUCCCAUUUUAAAUCCAUGUCCACUUGACUUUGAAUUAAAUUGACGUAAACUCUGGUGGACAUAAGUGUCUUGGUCUACUUGAGGGCAGAGUUCUGUAUACGUACUAUACUGUCUUGGUCUACUUGAGGGCAGAGUUCUGUAUACGUACUAUACUGUCUUGGUCUACUUGAGGGCAGAGUUCUGUAUACGUACUAUACUGUCUAUCUACUUGAGGGCAGAGUUCUGUAUACGUACUAUACUGUCUGUCUACUUGAGGGCAGAGUUCUGUAUACGUACUAUACUGUCUUGGUCUACUUGAGGGCAGAGUUCUGUAUACGUACUAUACUGUCUUGGUCUACUUGAGGGCAGAGUUCUGUAUACGUACUAUACUGUCUGUCUACUUGAGGGCAGAAUUCUGUAUACGUACUAUACUGUCUGUCUACACUUUGUUUACAGCAGUGGUCACCAACCGUGGUUGAUCUCCAAGGCAUUCCUAGUCAAUCACCAAACAUCUCUGUAAAAAACUAAACAAUAAAGCCUUGCGUUCCUAUUUUGUUAUUUGUUUUGCGCUGUUGGCGGUAGUUGCACUUUAUUUCUGAUUUCUUUUAGGUUGUAAGAUGUAGAUGCACUUGAUUCAGCACCCCUGGCGCCAGGAAGGCAAAGUCUUCCCAUUUUGAAUAACGUUUUUUAAAUAGGAUUUCCAAAUGGUCUGAGAAGAAAAACAUUGUCAGGGAAAUUCAAGCAUUGAUAAUGUAUUGGGCCUAUAGCCUACUGCACAAACCUCAUUGUUACAGAACUGUAAUUGGUUACGUUUUCAAAAAAAAAUCUGAGCAGUAGAUCUCAGCUUCCAUUUUGACUCAAAGUGAUCUUCACUCAAAGGUUGGUGACCACUUGUUUACAGAAACCAUACGGAAAGGAAUACAUAUGUGUAGUUCAAUUCAAUUUAUAGCAAAUUCAUUAUAAACUCACCAGUGUUUUCUCUUUUUAAUUAUUAUAUUAUUUUUUGGGGUGGGUCAUAGUGUUCUUUUUCUGCUUCCACAGAGAGUCUGUGUCAAAUGGAAAGUAAUAUAUUGAAAAUGGCUGAUCGUACUGUAUUGUGUUUAGCUUAUAAUGGUGAUUCUUGUGAAUCAGGUCAAAGUUAUGCCUAGCUCCCUUGCUAUGUAAGUAUAUUAUGCACUCUGUAUUUGAUAGCAGAAAACUGUACGAUACACUUCAGUCAGUCAGUAAAGUUACUGGAGUGGUCUUUUUUUGUUGUUGUUGCUCACUUUAAUAAAAAAAGAACACAGAA